GAUCUCUUCGAAGCUUCGCAUCAAAUAUAUUAUUUCUAUUCGCAUGGCUUUUCUUAUUCUUCCGCCACUAUAUAUACCUAGAUCCAUUCGCAUACCUCUAGGUACGCUCUCAAGCUCACCACCCCUUCUGCGUCUUAAGGCUGAUGCUACGAGAGGUCUUGUGCGCACUCCCUGCGUUGUGUUUGGCGUGGUUCGCAAGGUCGGCAGUGUUGGUAGAUUUUCAAGUCGCCCAGCCUCCGCCAUUACCACAGGAUGCGAAGCAGUGUACUGUGAAGAUCCUUGAGCGUACUUUUGGUUUCUCGUUUGGACUCCCCGAAAUCGUGCAGUUCACACCCCCGACAGAUUGUGGUCCAGUUGGUUCAUGGGCCGGAAUUAGUCUCAACUUCACUGUAACCUCUAACGGAACUCAGUUUGAUCGUCUGGGUAUCUUCACAUUCCAGAACGUCGAAAUUUGGCGAAGUUCGACUCCAGAACCCACUCAAGGGGACGGAAUUAUUUGGACUUACCUCAAAGAUGCGACUCGUUAUAUCCCGCUCUUCGCGAAACCAGGAACAUUCAUCUUGCAGUUGGACAACUUGCUUCAAACUGGAUUAGACGGGCAAUAUGCAACUGUACUACAUGCCACCUUCUUUGCCUCAUCUGCAAGCCAUCCUCCAGCUCCAAAGGCGGACGUCAUCAUUCCGGUGACUACGUUGGCGAAUGAUACAGGGAACGAUGCAUCUGUUCCUCCCAUCUUUUCGCUCAAUGUUACAGUUCCCAGAAAUGCAAUUCAGAUCUUUGCUGAACUCCAGGCUUCCGGAAACGGCAAUGAGGAAUUUUGGUACUUCAACGCUCCAAAUCAGUUCGUGAGCACUAUCCCGACAUUCGGAGAAGGCCCAUUCCGUGAAGUUCGAAUGCUCAUAGACGGUCAAGUCGCUGGAGUAGCAUUUCCUUAUGCCGUAAUCUUCACUGGUGGAAUUGUCCCUACGGCAUGGAGACCUAUCACGUCCUACGGCGCACUCGAUCUACCACAAUAUUUCAUUGACCUCACGCCCUUCGUACCUGUGCUCACUGACGGCAAGCCCCACAACCUCAGUAUCGACGUUGUCUCUGCAGAGGCCGACCACGCGAUCAAUCAGAACUGGUUUGUAUCUGGUAACCUUCAGGUUGUCACUGAUUCUUCGCCCAAUCCAACCACUGGCCAGAUCACAGUACUCGACGCACCCGCAUUUGCGCAGACGACAACGACAGGAAUGGUAGCUGCCAACGGAGAUGUGAAAUUUACUGUUACAGCGAAACGAAAUAUACAUAUAGAGAGCGUGUUCACAAGCGGAAGUGGGAAGACAUCGCAUGUGGUUUGGUCACAGAGUUUGGAGUACUCUAACACUCAAAACUAUAUCAAUAACUCGCCAGUACUGCUUCUCCAGCAGCUUGUCUCGCAAUCCGCAUCUGGAUCUUUCCUGUCUACUGUGAACGGCGUAAGGACACUCGUCGAUCAGUUCAGCUACCCCCUGGACAUCAACAUCACAAAUCUGACUCCCUCUGGUUCAAGCUUCGUCACGGCCAUCGAUCACUCAUACGACCGUGUGUCCGUCCCGAACCCAUUCAUCGUGGGUUCAACCAUCCGAAAUCACCAAGUUUCUGGUGGAUUUUUUACCCUUUCAUCCGAUGGCAACUUUGGGAAUGGCACUAGUCAGAAUACUUUCUCUUACGUCGAUCUUGCAGGCAAUACGUAUGAUCGAGAGGUCAGCUCUGUAAACACAGACAUCACCUCCGAUCAUCAAGGUGGUACCUUGGCUCCCAAAGAAGCAGCACACUUCCCCUCAUUCCAGCAACCAUUCACAGUGUCAAAGGCCAGAUUGCCCGGAGGAAGGCUCGUAGGCAAUUAACAUUACCAUUACAAUGGCCUUUAAUAUGCACAAACCAAGAUAUCUACUAGAUUUUAACUUCUUCGAUGACUGCGUGACGUCUCCUUCCAUUCCUCUAGAAGCACUGUUGAACUGCAAGCUCCACUUCCCGUGUUGAACGGUACUCAGUGCCGUGUUGAGACGGUGCUAACCAAUGUUGCAAACUAUCUGGUGAAGAUGCGAUCUAGGAUGGAACGCUUGAAUGCGUCUCUAGAACAAGCCGAUGGGUCUUCCAGUCUCAGUGUCGAUGUCGACCUCCCAGAAUCCCGGGCGCGUGCCAAGUCCGGGCAUGGUUUGCAUGUCACCGAGGAGAGGGUAGAGGAACCCUGCACCUGCGGACAGACGCACAGCUCGGAUAGGAAUGGUGAAGCCUGCCCGAGAGUAAUGAGCCAAGAGAUUAAACGAAGAAGCUGAGCCACUUACCAGUUGGGACGUUCUUGAGUUUUGGAUCGUGAGAGAACGAAUACUGAGUUUUCGCCAUACAAACUAAAGAGCACUAUAUCAA